GUUGGAGGAACUCUGAUUCAAAACUGUGUUUUUCAUUUGUUUAAAAUGUCUAAAGUCCAGAUGCUGAGAGGUUUUAUCAACCAGCGACUAACUGCGGCUGCUGAAGAGAUAUUUGGGCUGUUUGAAAGAACGAUAUCAGAGUACGAGGAGGAACUCUGUCGUUCCAAAGAGGAGAACCAGAGACACAGGAAACUACUGGACGCUGUUUUCCAGCCUGAAGUCCGGUUACACAGAGCAGACGUCCAGCAGCUGUUGGUGAGUAAAGAAGAGGUUCCCCCUGAGCAGCAGCAGCAGUGGAGUCCCAGGCUGGACCAGGAGGACCCACCAGAGCCGCCACACAUUAAAGAGGAACAGGAGGAGCUCUGGAACAGUCAGGAGGGAGAGCAGCUUCCAGGACUGGAGGAGGCUGAUAUCACCAAGUUCUCAUUCACUCCUGUCCCUGUGAAGAGUGAAGAAGAUGAUGAAGAGAAACCUCAGUCCUCACAGCUUCAUCAAAGCCAAACUGAAGCUAACAGAGAUGCAGAUAAUUUGAAAACAGAAACUGAUGGAGAGGACUGUGGAGGGCCAGAACCAGCCAGGAACUUUAAUCCAGAUAGUCCUUUACAAGCAGAUACUCAUGACAAGACUUCACUCUGCUCUGAACCUGAGACUGAUGAUAGUUGUGAUUGGGAGACCAGGAAACCUCAGCCAGGUUUAAACCCUCUGCAAAACAAUGAAGUACCUGUAAGUGAUCAGGAAUGUAACACUGGAGAAACAUCAGUUAGCUCCUCUGAAUGUGCUGCAAGAUUUGGUAACAAGGGACAUCUGCAGAACCACAAUGGAACCCAAACAGGUGUGAAACCAUUUAGUUGCUCAGUUUGUGGUAAAAGAUUCACACAAAAGGCAUAUCUGCGACGACACUCUACAGUCCACACAGGGGAGAAACCAUUUAGCUGCUCAGUUUGUGGUAAAAGAUUCACACAAAAGGGAAAUCUGAGACUACACACUAAACUCCACACAGGGGAGAAACAGUUUAGCUGCUCAGUUUGUGGUAAAAGAUUCACAGAAAAGGCAAGUCUGAGACGACACUCUACAGUCCACACAGGGGAGAAACCAUUUAGCUGCUCAGUUUGUGGUAAAAGAUUCACAGAAAAGGGAAGUCUGAGACGACACUCUACAGUCCACACAGGGGAGAAACCAUUUAGCUGCUCAGUUUGUGGUAAAAGAUUUGCACAAAAGGGAACUCUGCGACGACACUCUACAGUCCACACAGGGGAGAAACAUUUUAGCUGCUCAGUUUGUGGUAAAAUAUGCAAAGACAAGGGAACUCUGCGACGACACUCUACAGUCCACACAGGGGAGAAACCAUUUAGCUGCUCGGUUUGUGGUAAAAGUUGCAAAAACAAGGGAUCUCUGCGACGACACUCUGCAGUCCACACAGGGGAGAAACCAUUUAGCUGCUCAGUUUGUGGUAAAAGAUUCACACAUAUGGGAACUCUGAGACUACACGCUAAAGUCCACACAGGGGAGAAACAAUUUAGCUGCUCAGUUUGUGGUAAAAGAUUCACACAUAUGGGAACUCUGAGACUACACGCUAAAGUCCACACAGGGGAGAAACAAUUUAGCUGCUCAGUUUGUGGUAAAAUAUGCAAAGACAAGGGAACUCUGCGACGACACUCUACAGUCCACACAGGGGAGAAACCAUUUAGCUGCUCAGUUUGUGGUAAAAGAUUUGCACGAAAGGGAAAUCUUGGACCACACUCUGCAGUCCACACAGGGGAGAAACCAUUUAGCUGCUCAGUUUGUGGUAAAAGAUUCACAGAAAAGGGAAGUCUGAGACGACACUCUACAGUCCACACAGGGGAGAAACCAUUUAGCUGCUCAGUUUGUGGUAAAAGAUUCACACAAAAGGGAACUCUGAGACUACACGCUAAACUCCACACAGGGGAGAAACCAUUUAGCUGCUCAGUUUGUGGUAAAAGAUUCACAGAAAAGGGAAAUCUAAGACGACACUCUAAAAUUCACACGGGAGAAACCGUUUAGUUUAGUUUUGUGGUAAAAUAUUUACUCGGCUCCACAGUGUCAAAAGAUACGCAAACGGUAAAAAAUGAAGCUGCUUUUUGAAUGUUGGUCAGAGUCAAGAAUUUCCAAAUCAACAUUUAGGGCUGCACGAUUAAUCUAAUUGCCGUCGCGAUGUGGUCAUGUGCGAUUACAUAACUGCAAAAAGUGUGCGAUUCAAGCAGAAAAAGUUAUGCCGAGUUUUGCAUGGCUGCCGAGAAUUGCAUGCAAAACUCGGCUAUUGCUUUUAAACGCUAUACUAUCCUUCAUGGGUUUCAUCAAUGGUGACAAAUGAUUCGAAGUGGCCUAUUUAACCUUCUUUUUUUUUUUGAACGUUUAGAGUCGUUAAUAUUUCGUUACACACAUUCAUUGAGAAUCAGCUAAAAUAUGUGGUGAUAACCGUGUUUGAUCAAUGAGCACAGCAAAGUGUCUGAAAAGGACUUUAAGAGGUGGAUGCAGAAUUCACCAGAAGAGAUGUUGUAGGCUAACUGCAGAGAUUUGCAUCCACCUCUCUUGUCAGCAUAAAUGAGCGUUAUCAGCCGCGAGGUGCAUGCAACUCUCAGCAGGCAGGAAGAAUUCGGCACAACACCUGUUGCUCUGUGACAGAGACAGUUACAGCAACGUUACGUGUCGUUGGCAGCUAAAGCGGUAUGACAGAAGAAAACAGGGAUAAGAUAAAGAAGAUUUGGCUUUGGAUCGCUGGCCAGUUAACAUUAGCUGUAUUGCUGCCUUUUGAUUUUCAACUUUUCCUAAAUCUAUAAAGCCGAUGUAUGUCACAGUCAUCAUUUAAAGAGUUAUUUUAUAGUGUAAAAUUAGGAUCACAGUGUUACAACUCUAUAGCUCUGAGUGUAUCUGCUCCUUUUUGUAUCUGUAACUGUCCAGGCUCAGCAGUAGCACAUGUAUGUGCGUAAGCAAGCACGUGUGCUUUGGGAGCACAGUGAACACAGCAAGGCAUCAUCAAAAACACCAGCAAAGGAAGUUGUAGAAGCAGAAUUAGCCAAAAUUGUGUUACAAAACAUACGUCAAUAUAGUCCAUCACAGUCAGAAUGUCCUGUCUCUAAUACACAGCACAAAAGACACCAGCUUAUUCCACAAAGUGAGGUUUUUGGUUAAAAUAGCAUGAUCGGCAUGGACACAGAGAGGGGGACUAGUGCAGACACAAAGACAGACAUUGUGCAGUAAUCAGUGAUUAUCUUUAAUGAGUAAUAAUCAUUAAUUAGUAUUAAUCAUUUUCUUUUUACCUAGAUGUGCCUUAUUUUUUACUUAUAAGUAGUGAACUGUAGUCAGGAAUGCAGUAACGAGCUCACUGUGGUUCAGAUCCCUGAGUGGGAGCAUUGGCUGCAGACACUGAGACUACGUACACCUUGUUCAACUGUUAUCUACUGUAGAGUUAUGACUGCAGGUGAGGCUGCAGAUGUUCAAAAUCUGCUGACAAGUGCAUGCUUUGGUCUACUGUUAUCUACUGUUAUGAUUACAUGAGGAAUUGCUGAUGUGUUAGUCUGCUGAUAUUAAGACUACAUGUUUAAUUACUGAUUAUGGGGUUGAUUGUCAACUUCCAACCUCUGAUGCUUAGAGCCUGUGUGAACUUUGAGUGAAGUUGCUGAAGGAAUCUUUGCUGAGCAGAAAGACGACAGACACAGCCAGCACAACAUCAAGAUUACUGUAAGAAACCAAGCAUUAAUGAAAGAUACAGCAGUACAUAAGUUAUUCUUGUUUUCAUUUUUAAGAAAUAAAAUUGUGUGUCAAAUAAAGCAUGCGUAACUCUGCGUAAAGUCAACCAUACAGUAAUAAAUGACAGCUGGAGAACAGUGUUAAUUGGUAAAAAACAACACAACAGCAGAGGAAAAGAAGUUCACCAUAAGGAAAAGAGGGGGCAGUCCGGCCCAGAAGGGGUUAUAUAAGGCUGUCUUCUGACCACUGGGUUGACUCCAUCCUCUGACCUGCAGGGAUGUUGUACGGGUUUAUCUGUCCUGCUUUGGAAUAAACUCUUUUGCACCGAC